CCAUUUCCUAAGGAAUUCCAGAGCCCGGCCGAGCCCUCCCCGUGCCCGUCCCCGCUGCCGGCGAGCGGCUGAAGGUGACAGACGGAGCCGGGUGUCGCCAAUGUGGCAGGGACGCGUCCCAGCAUCCCGCCCCUGGCAGGGCCGUGUUCCUGCAUCCCGCCCCUGGCGAGGGACAGACUGGGACAGCGGCCACCCAAAUUCUUCCAGCAAAUGACAUUUUCCUGCAAAGGCGCGCCGGAGCCAAUCGCUCCCUGCACCGUGCAGCCAAUGGAUGCCGGGCUUUUCCAGCCCCUGCCAGCGGCUCCGCGGCUGGAGGGCCUUGGAGCAGCUGUGCCAGCGACAUUCCUGCCCGCUGCCCUCUCCGGGGGUGCCUGGCAUCCCUGCUCCUCCUCCUCCCGGGAAUAACGCUGCUGCUGGCAGCGCUCGGGGCCACGCGGCCGCUGCGGGGAGCGCGCCGGCGAUUGGGGUAAUUCGGGUGAUUAAUUUGGGUCUCUCUUCAGCACUGCCACGGCCUCCUACCCAGCAGAGCUGCUCCCCAGAGCCAGAGGGAUGGUGGUAGUCACGGGGCAGAACAAAGUGAGUGCCACCCCGGAUGAUGCCAUGUCGAGCUCGGAUGCAGAGGAUGAUUUCCAAGAGCCGGCCACUCCCACCGCCACCCAGGCAGGACAAGCGCUACCUCUGCUGCCCCAGCAGGUACGAGGACACCAUGCUGGCAGCCAUGUUCAGCGGCAGGCACUACAUCCCCACGGACGCUGAGGGCAGGUACUUCAUCGACAGGGAUGGCACCUACUUCGGAGACAUACUAAACUUCCUACGAUCUGGUGACCUGCCCCCCCGAGAGCGAGUGAGGUCAGUGUACAAGGAAGCUCAGUAUUAUUCCAUAGGACCCUUGCUAGACAAUCUAGAGGAUAUCCAGCCUCUUAAAGGAGAAAAAGUUAGACAAGCUUUCCUGGGCCUAAUGCCAUAUUACAAAGACCACUUGGAGCGGAUCAUCGAGAUAGCCAAGCUGCGAGCCAUGCAGAGGAAGGCCAGGUUUGCCAAGCUGAAGGUGUGUGUGUUCAAGGAGGAGAUGCCCAUCACUCCCUACGAGUGCCCCCACUUCAACUCCCUGCGCUUCGAGCGCAGCGAGAGCGAGACCAAGCUCUUUGAGCACCACUGCGAGGUGGACGUGUCCUUCGGGCCCUGGGAGGCCGUGGCCGACGUCUACGACCUCCUGCACUGCAUCGUCACCGACCUGUCCGCCCGCGGCAUCACCGUGGACCACCAGUGCAUCGGCGUGUGCGACAAGCACCUCAUCAACCACUACUACUGCAAGCGCCCCAUCUACGAGUUCAAGAUCACCUGGUGGUGAGCAAAGCAGAGGGUCAGAGGACUCCCAGAGGACAAACGUUCUUUCAGAGUUGCCUGGUAGUGAGUGUGGUGGCACAUCGAGGGGUGAAAGGACUCCCAGAGGACAAAUGUUCUUUCGAGAUGGCCUUGUGGUGAGUGUGGUGGCACAGCGAGGGAUGAAGGGACUUCUGGAGAACAAAUUCUUUCAAGAUUGCCUGGUGGUGUGGUGGCACAUCGAGGGGUGAAAGGACUGCUAAAGGACAAAUGUUCUUUUAAGAUCACCUUGUGGUGAGUGUGGUGGCACAUUGAGGGGUGAAAGGACUCCCAGAGGACAAAUCUUCUUUCAAGGUCACCUUGUGGUGAGUGUGGUGGCACAUUGAGGGGUGAAAGCACUCCUAGAGGACAAAUUCUUUCAAGGUCACUUUGUGGUGAGUGUGGUGGUACUUCGAGGGGUGAAAGGAUUUCUAGAGGACAAAUGUUCUUUCAAGGUCACUUUGUGGUGAGUGUGGUGGCACAUCGAGGGGUGAGAGGACUCCUAAAGGACAAAUGUUCUUGGCAGUUACCUUGCUGCUCACAUUCCUUGGGAUCAGCCUGCUGGCAGGGGUUGGGAACACCUCUGGAAACUUGAAAAACCAGCCUAAAAUCAGACUGUUGGCUCAGGUACCUUAACGAGGCACAAAACAAAAUCACCUCAUGCAAAGGAUGGAGGCUGAACAUCUGCUAAAAGGUGCCACCAACCACGUGGCUUCAGGAUGGAAUUGCGGAUUUUUCCUGCAUUUUUGGGAAUCUGGGGUGCUACUAAAGCUGACAUUUCAGUUUUACCCUCUUAGAAAUGUUUUAGUUCCUCCUUCAGCUUUAUAAAGUUUGAGUCACACCCAGCACAAAGAUCUGGAAAUGUCAUUUUGAUGUACUAGAUAAUUAAAAAAAAAAAAGGAAUAUUCCUUAUAUAUUAUUAAUUGUUGUCAGGAUUAAACUGUAUUUCUUUUUUAAUUAAGAAUCUAUGUUGUGAAUUAUAAUGUUGUACUUCAAUUAUUUCUGUUGUUAUCAAAAGGAAUAGCAGAUCUGGAAUAUAUUCCUUAAUGCUUUUAGGAAUAAUAACUGUUCAU